AUGAAAAUAUGCAUUUAUCUUUUAUCUUUUUUUGCCAAUAAUAAAAAUAUGCAAAGUGGAAAGCAAUUAUUAUCCUGCGAAUAUUUUGAUUGCGAAUUUUAUAAAAUGGAUUCAUUAUAUUCGCCUUAUGCUUAUUCUUUAAACCAGGAAAGUCAUCAGGGUACUCGUGUGAAACUGCUGACUAUCGAAGAUAAUUCCCAAGCAAAAAAUGAAGUGAGUUAUGAUAACAAGAGCUUAUCGAUCAUGAUGAAUCCACAGUCUUUGAAAUCAUUUGCAAUUAUGGUCUCUUCUAUCCCUCAAAAUAUCAUCAGCUUAUCCAUUGUUAAUUCUUAUCUGGGACAUAAAAUUGUCAGAAACCUUGCUCCAUGUUUGAGGCACCUACCAAGUCUGGAAUAUUUGGACUUGUCAGGAAAUUACAUUGAGGAUAGAGGAAUGAAUUUACUUAGGGAAAGUGGAGAUUGUCUAGAAAAAUUGGAUACAUUCAUUAUUUGUUUGAACCAUAUUUCUUAUAAAGGUGCGCUGCUAGUGGCGGACUUUUAUAUUUUCCGAAAUCCUAUGCAUGCGAUUGUAGGAAAUUUUAACUUACAUGAUUGGGAAAAGUAUCAAGAAGCUGUUAAAACAAUUGAUUUAACAUGUAAAUUCGCUUAA